CAGUGGCCUUUAUAGGUCCGUGCAAAGAGCUGACAUUAUCUAUUAAUUGUUGACUGGAAACUGAUGAAAAUGGCCAUGAAGAAAUUAGAAGGUAAAGUAGCCAUAAUCACCGGUGGCGCGAGCGGCAUCGGCGAGGAAACGGCUCGUGUUUUUGCCGAUCAUGGCGCACGUGCGGUUGUGAUCGCCGACAUCCAAGACGAGCAAGGCCACCGUGUGGCCGAGUCCAUCGGCCCAAACUGCAGCUACGUCCACUGUGACGUCGCCGACGAAGACCAAGUCAAAGACAUGGUGGAGUCGACCGUCCAGAUUCACGGCCAGCUCGACAUCAUGUUCAGCAACGCAGGGAUCGGCAGUGACUCCGAUCAGACCCUUCUCGAUCUCGACUUCUCGGAAUUUGACCGCAUCUUUGCGGUCAACGUGCGCGGCAUGGCCGCAUGCGUGAAGCAGGCUGCGCGUGUAAUGGUGGAGCGGCGCGUGAGGGGCUGCAUCGUGUGCACGGCGAGCGUGUCCGGUAGUAAAGGCGGGAAGAAAUGGACAGACUACUGCAUGUCGAAGCAUGCGGUGAUUGGGCUGGUCCGGUCAGCGAGCCGGCAGCUCGGGGAGCACGGCAUAAGGGUGAACAGUGUGUCUCCGUUCUUCGUGGCGACGCCGAUGAAUUGCAAGAAGCUUGAGAAGGAGGUUGAAGAGGCGGAGAAGAUUUUUGAGCCUUUUAUGAACUUGAAAGGGAUUCUGCUGAAAGUGAAACAUGUUGCUGAUGCUGUGCUGUUCCUUGCUUCCGAUGACUCCGCAUUCAUCUCCGGGCACGACCUGGUCGUCGACGGCGGGUUGUUGUCGGCGGCUUCUUGGUCUUAGAAUCUUGAUGACCACCUUUCAUAUUCAAGUGGGACUUAAGACUAAUAUAAAAUAAUUAAUCUGUUCCUAAAUGUGUUUGGUUAAAUAAAUGAAAUGAGUGACAAUUUUAAA